AUGCUCCACGUGGGAGCGGCGCGGGUGAAGGUGACGUCUCUCCCGGCGAGCUUCCCCCGCGACAGCAAGAACAACCAUCCGUACAACGAUCAUCGGUACCUCUUGGCGACGGCUUCGGCGGGCGGAAACCCCGUCGUGCUCGUUGCCGACAUCGACAAGAUAUCCGGCUUGGAGCAGUCGAAGCACACCAAGAUGUGGAAGUCGCGGCCGCAGGUGGUGAUAGAGAACGAGAUGAUCCUGGGGUUCAAUGACGGUGGCCUGGCCGAGCUGAUCGAGAAGGAGAGGAGGUGGUUGAAUAGGAAGCAUGUCCCAGAGCUAUUGUGGUUUGGUGAGAGGAGCGGCGUCGUGCUCAUUCGGAUUCAUGGCUUCUGUUUUCUCUGUCUGGAUCUCCACUCCAAGAAGAUCGUCAGAUGCUUCUGCUCGGAUCGUCGGAUGCAAUACGCAAAGUGA